UUCAGAGGCAACAAGUAAAACUCUGCAUGACCCUUGACCACCAGGUCAUCAACCAGAUUAUUGAAGGAUCUCACCCUCCAAUGCAAAGCAGUGCUCUUGUGGUACAGUAUGGAUACCCAUCUCCCAAGAAUGAUGCUGGCAUUGCUGGAAAUCCACUCAUCAAGUUUCUAACUCUUGGGAAAGAAGAUGACAAUGUGGAAUGGCAUAUGGAGAACGUUUUUGAGGAUAUAAUCAGUAUGGAAUCAAGUUUUAAAGAGGAAGGAACAGACUCUCCUCUGCUAAUGCAAGGAACAUUAUCUGGAAGUAUUUUGAAUGUGUAUAGUGGUGAGCAGAAAAAUUCAUCAGUUAAUAUGGGCCUUACAAAUGCUUCCUACCCAAGGAGUCUAUCAAUGAAAAAAAAAAUUACAGAAACUGAUACUCGAGCUUUGGCAAAAGAGAGACAAAAAAAGGACAACCACAACCUCAUUGAAAGAAGAAGAAGGUAUAAUAUUAAUUACAGAAUCAAGGAGCUUGGCACUCUUAUUCCAAAGUCUAAUGAUCCUGAUAUGCGCUGGAACAAAGGAACCAUUCUAAAAGCAUCAGUGGAGUACAUCAAGUGGCUACAAAAAGAACAACAGAGAGCUCAAGAAUUAGAACACAGACAGAAGAAAUUAGAGCAGGCUAACCGGCGGUUUCUACUCCGGAUUCAGGAACUAGAAAUACAGGCUCGUGCUCAUGGUCUUCCAACCUUGGCUUCACUUGGCACAGUUGAUUUAUGUGCUCACAUCACCGAACAACAGACCCCUCUUGAGCAGAAUUCAGGAGACUAUUGCCAAAAACUGACUCUAUCUCAAGGAACAAGCCCCGAGCUCUGUGAUCAAGCUAUGGCUUUCUCUGAUCCUUUGUCUCACUUCACAGAUUUAUCAUUCAGUGCUGCUCUGAAAGAGGAACAAAGAUUGGAUGACAUGCUACUGGAUGACACAAUAUCUCCUUUUGGAACAGAUCCUCUGCUAUCUGCCACUUCCCCUGCAGUUUGCAAAGAGACCAGUAGGAGAAGCAGUUUUAGCUCAGAUGAUGGUGACGGGUUUUAA